AGGAGAUCUGGUCUCUCGCCGUGACCGGACCCGGCCCCGUUGAAUAGUGAUAUGAGGCGUCAGAUCGUUAUUACUGCAAACUGCCUCAACCCUAAACCCUCAGAGAUCCUCUCUCUCGUCGCUGGUCGGCAUGGCAGUCGCCGUCUUUGCUCGCAACCAGCUCCGACACCAACUGCGCCUUCGCGCCUUCUCCUCUUCUUCGGCGUCCUCCAUCCCAAACCCUUCCUCCGCGAUCGCCAGGAAACGGAAGUCCCGGCCCGACCUCCGCCACAUCAGGUCCGAAACUAAUCCCUCGCGCAUCGUGGACAUCUGCCGUGCUGCCUCUCUCUGCCCCUCUUCUUCCCGGCUCCAUCGCCUCGCUCUCUCCGACGCCAUCUCUACCCUCGCCGAGUCCCGGUCCUUUACUGAAGUGCGCUCGAUCCUUGACUCCCUCCCUCCCGCCUCCCUCCCCAACGCCAUUGUACUCUUUGGUCAAGCUGGCUUGCACGACGACGCCGUCCGGGCUUUCCAGAAGUCUCCCUCCACCCAAACCCUGAACGCGCUACUCUUCGCCUGCGUUGUCGGCCGUCGACACGAUGAAGUCAGCCGCAUCUUCAGCGACUUCCCAGGCACCCACGGCAUUACUCCUGACAUUAAAACCUACAACAAUGUCAUCAAGGCCUUCUCCGAGUCGGGCACCACCCGUUCAUUCUAUUCGGUGCUCGACCAGAUGUGCACUGCCGGCGUCAAGCCAGACACGACCACUUUUUGCAAUGCCCUUGCUGGUUUCUACAAGGAAAAGCAGUUUGACGAGGUCGACAAAGUGUUGGAGCUCAUGAAGAUGCACGACUGUGACCAUGGGCUCUGCAUCUACAACUCGAGGAUCCAGAGCCUCUGCAAGCUAAAACGCUCAAAUGAGGCAAUGGCGCUCUUCGAGGAAAUGGAAACAAAAGGAAUAAAGCCGACUUGGGUAACUUAUAACCACUUGAUAUAUGGGUUUUGCAAUGAAGGCCGAUUGGAGGAUGCUAAGAAGCUCUACAGGGAGAUGAAGGGACUAGGUCGUAUUCCAGUUGACAAAUUCUACUUCUCUCUAAUACACUUCUUGUGCAAAGGUGGGGAAUUUGAGGUUGCACUGGCUGUCUGCGAGGAUUCUAUGGCACAGAACUGGAUCCCAAAUUUCUCAACCAUGAAGAUGCUUGUGAAAGGGCUCAUUGGAACCUCAAAGGUGGAGGAGGCAAGGGAUAUAAUGGAAAAAUUGAAAGAAAAGUUCCCAAGGAAUGCACAUAUGUGGAAGGAAGUGGAAGAGGCAUUUCCCCAAUAGUCUGAAAAAUCAUAGCGUGAUAUGGGAGUUACAUGCUAGAUGGGCAACGAGUCAUUUUGGAAGGGAUAAAACAAUUGCAAUGGUUGAGGAUCGUUUCUAUCGGCCUAGCCUUAAGAUAGCCAAGAUUGUCUCUCAGCACAUGCCAAUUAUCUAAAGGAAGAAAGCAAAAUACUGAUUUAUAUAUGCCUUGUGCCACACAAACCAUGGCAAGAUCUAAGGAUGGAUUUUAUGCUUGGUUUGCCUAAAACUAGUAGAAGACAUGACUUUACAUUUGUAGUGGUGGAUCAGUUUUCAAAAAUGGCUCACUUCAUUCCAUGCUCAAAGACAUCAGAUGUUGUUCACAUUGCUAAACUUUUCUUCAAGGAAGUUGUUCGUUUUCAUGGGUUACCAUUAACAAUUGUUUCUGAUUAUGAUGUGAAGUUCACAUGCUACUUCUGGCGAAUCUUAUGAAAAUUGAUUAAUACAAAGUUGAAGUUUUCUUCUUUUCAUCAUCAAACAGAUGGUCAGAAAGAGGUAGUCCAUAGAAGUUUGGGCGAUUUACUUUGUUGCAUGGUUGGAGAUCAUGUUACUACAUGGAAUCAAAUUCUUCCCAUGACAGUUUGCAUAUAAUAGUUCGGUGAAUAUAUCUACUAGAUGUGGCCCAUUUGAAAUUAUUACAAGUAUGCUUCCUAGAAUGCCAAUUGAUUUGGUUCCUUUACCAUUGGAGUCAAGCCCAAGUGCUGAAGCAGAUGCUUUUAGCAAUCACAAACAAGAUAUACAUGACACUUUUAGUAAUCACAAACAAGAUAUACAUGAUGUCAAGCAGAAAAUUGCUCUAAGCAAUGAAAGAUAUAAAACACAUGCUGAUUUGAAAAUGAAGUUUGCUAAAUUUGAGGAAGGCAAUAUGGUUAUGGUUCGUAUAAGAGGCCAGAACAAUAUCCAAGAGGGGUUUAUAAGAAACUUCAUUCAAGGAAUGUUGGGCCCUAUAAAAUUUUGAAGAAAAUGAGCUCUAAUGCCUAUUAUGUCUUUGAGCUACCAACAAACAUGGGUAUUAACAAUGUCUUCAACAUUGAAGAUCUCACUUUAUAUUCUGAACAUGAAGAUAUUAUGGCAAGUAAUGCAUAGAAUGUUCGUUUGCCAUCAAUUUAAAUAUUGAAAGACAACAUUGAAAAAGUAAUUGAUCAUCAGAUUGUGUUUUUAAAGGAAAAUGGUUAUCAAAAGUAUCUUGUCAAAUAGAAGAUAGGACACCUUUUUGAAUGCAUAUGAAUUAUUGAUAAUGAAUUUCAACGGCUGAAUCGAGACCUUUAUGAAAGAUUCCAAAAGCUCGCCAGGGAUGAGUUUUUCUCACCUGGAGAGGGUUGAUGGAGACAAGUAGCAAACUCCAUUAAAAGUCUUAUAAAUGCAAAAAUAAAGGUUCUACAGAUUGACUAUUAAUUUGGCAUAUCUUGGAAGAUGAUAGACUGGGAAAUGAUAUAAAGUUCAUGAAUUCCAAAGGGUUGAAUCAAAAGUCAAAAGCCAACAUUAAAUGUCCAACAAAUAUCUUUCAACUUCCCGUGAUUGGAAAAUUGUAGCAUCUUUAUGAGUCUUUUAUGUUUCCUAUGUGUCUUUAUGAGUCUGUUGUGUUUCCUGAGUCCAUCUACUAGCAUUUAUAUUUCAUAUGUGUCUUUAUGAGUCCUUUGUGAGUCCUAUUGUAAAUAAGUGUGCACCUAUAAUGCUGGGAUAAGAAAUAGAUAUCAAAGUUUUAAGAGUUCUUUUAGGUUGUGUGAUAGAAUUUCCCUAUGAUGUGAUGCCUAGGAACCCUCAGGUGUGAUAAUUAAGUUU